AUGGCGUCUCGUCCUGAGGACACAGAGAAGCAAACAGUGGAACACCAGGAUCUUGCUGGCGUAUCCCGCGACAAGCUUGAGAGCCAAGUUGGCGAGACGAGUGAUACGGAGAGCGACUAUGGGUUCACCAAAGAGGAACAGCGGAAAAUUAUCCGCCGGAUUGACAUUCGCCUGGUUUUAACCGUCGGUGCCAUGUACUGCGUCAGUCUGAUGGAUCGCACAAACAUGAGUGCUGCCAACAUUGCUGGCAUGAGUGUUGAGCUCAAGCUGAUUGACAAUCGAUAUAACAUUGCAAAUUUAGUCUUCUUUGUUACAUAUAUCAUUUUCCAGCCUCCAUCUACGAUUCUCGUGCGAGCGAUUGGACCCCGACCCCAUCUUGCAGGCAUUACGCUUCUUUGGGGGGCUGUAAUGAUUGGAAUGGGUUUCGUCAAGAACUUCCCGCAGCUAGCUGCUCUCAGAGCAGUGCUCGGUCUCUUCGAGGCAGGCUUCUUCCCUAGCUGCGUUUAUCUGCUCAGCACAUGGUAUACUCGCUAUGAGGUUGGCAAACGAUACUCCGUAUUCUACGUUGUUGGAUGUGUGGCAUCUGCCUUCUCCGGCAUUUUGGCUUAUGGUCUUAUGCAACUCAACGGCAAGGAGGGCCUGACGGGAUGGCGAUGGAUCUUCAUCAUCGAAGGCGCAAUAACCUGUGCCCUGGCAGUUGCCUCGUACUGGCUGCUGGUUGACUUCCCUGACUCUACUCGCAAGUCUUGGAGCUUUCUUAGCUUGCGUGAGAAGCAGUGGAUCGUUAGUCGUGUACAGCGAGACAGAGGUGAUGCUAAAGUUGCACCAUUUAAUCUCCGCAAGUUCCUUGGAGGUGGCACCGAUUGGAAGAUUUGGGCAUAUGCUAUGAUCUUCUUCAACACAACGACGAUGAGCUAUGCUCUUGCCUACACCCUGCCAAUUAUUCUUGUUGCCAACAUGGGCUUCUCUGUUGGCGCGGCCCAGUGUCUUGUUGCACCUCCCUAUGCGUUUGCUGGCAUUGUCAUGUUCACAAUGGGCUGGCUCGGAGAUAAGUAUCGCAUUCGUGGACCCAUUAUUAUUGGCAACAUGAUUCUUUGCCUUAUCGGGUUACCUAUUAUGGGCUGGCACUCUAAGGCUGCGGUGCGAUAUUUUGGUGUCUUCUUAGUCACAGCAGGGGCCAACAGCAACGUUCCAACCGUGAUGUCUUUCCAAGCCAAUAACGUGCGCGGACAGUGGAAGCGUGCCUUUUGCAGUGCUACACUUGUAGGUUUCGGUGGUAUUGGUGGUAUUUGUGGCAGUCUUGUGUUCCGAGAGCAGGACAAGCUCACUGGCUACAAACCGGGCAUGUACACUUGCAUUGCCUGUGCUCUGCUCAACAUCAUCUUGGUUUGCUUCUGUGAUUUGGAGUUCCUCCGACAGAACAAGAAGGCCGACCGAGGCGAGAAGUUGUUGGAAGCUCACGAUGAUGAUGAAAACUCUGCUGGCGAUUUCAGAUAUACCUAUUAA